AUGGUUUAUUUAAGUCGUCUCGUGUCUGACAAAGAAACAGAGGAAUACGGUGGUCAGUCAUUCUCAACUUCGGUUUAUGGUUCUCGUUGGGAUAUUGAACCAAUUCCAAAAUAUACACUACCUGACAAGGAAAUGCCUCCACAUAUCGCUUAUAAACUCAUUAAAGAUGAUCUUCAGUUGGACGGUAACCCGGUGUUAAACUUAGCAACUUUCGUUACCACUUAUAUGGAGGAUGAGGCUGAAAAGUUAAUGACAGAAAAUCUGCCAAAAAAUUUUAUCGAUUAUGAAGAAUAUCCUGCGACUGUUGAAUUACAGAACCGAUGCGUCAACAUUAUUUCUCGUCUCUUUAAUGCUCCCAAUGAUGAAGAUGCAAUAGGUGUUUCAACUAUAGGUUCUUCAGAAGCUAUUAUGCUUGCUGUAUUGGCAAUGAAAAAGUUAUGGAAAAAAAGGAGGGUUGCCGAAGGAAAGCCCGCCGAUAAACCGAACUUAGUAAUGGCAGCAUCGGCCACUAGAUAUUUUGAAGUCGAAGAAAAAUUUGUUUAUCUGACAGAAGAUUCAUAUGUUUUAAAUCCUGAAAAGGCCGUUGAACUCGUAGACGAAAAUACAAUUGGUAUUUGCGUUAUAUUAGGAUCGACAUACACUGGACAUUAUGAAGAUGUGAAAGCAGUUAACGAUCUUUUGUUGGUUAAAAAUAAAAAAACUGGUUGGGAAGUGCCGAUUCAUGUUGAUGCUGCGUCUGGUGGAUUUGUCGCACCUUUUGUGAACCCUGAUCUUGCUUGGGAUUUCAGACUUGAAUUGGUUCGAUCCAUAAACGUUUCGGGCCAUAAAUAUGGAUUAUGUUACCCCGGUAUUGGAUGGGCACUUUGGAAAUCAAAAAAGUACUUACCUGAAGAAUUGAUUUUUACUAUUAAUUAUCUUGGAUCUGAUCAGGCUUCUUUCACCUUAAACUUUUCCAAAGGUGCCGCAAAUGUGAUCGUCCAAUAUUACGUUUUAAUUCGAUUUGGACGUCAAGGAUUUACCUCGAUCAUGAGAAAUUUGAUGGGUAUUGCUGAUUAUCUUGCUACCAGGUUAGAAUCCACAAAUAAGUUUGAGAUUCUGAGUGAUAGAAAUGGAAAUGGAUUACCGCUUGUAGCUUUUAGUUUGAAAGACAAAAAUAUACAUUAUGAUGAGUUUGAUGUUGCUCAUCGUAUUCGUGAACAUCAAUGGAUUGUACCAGCUUAUACUAUGGCACCGCAUAUCCAACAUAUUAAAUUGCUACGCGUUGUAGUGCGUGAAGAUUUUUCACGUGAACGAUGUGAUCUUUUUUUUAUGGAUUUGAUGCAUACCAUUGAUUAUUUGGAUAAAAUGGAUAAAGAUAGUAUUAACGUAAAAAGAACUGCGGCCCAAGGAUGGAGAACCCUAAAAAGUAUCACACUUAUGGGAUUUAAAAAUCAAUCUCAUAAAACCAAUGGAGUUUGCUAA